GGUUUCGCAUAGUGUCUGUUCUACCUUCUCCAGACCAGCUAAUCUAAACAGUUUCUGUUUGGUUUUGCAAGUGGCCCUGUGUGUGCAGCAACAUGAGGAUCAUCGGCGUUGUCUUGGUAUUGACUGUCCUGACUGGGUCUCAGGCCUUCACAUUCCCAUGGCAACAGGAGCACCGCACCAGGUUCGAGGAAGCUAAGGCAGCGUUCUGGGACUACAUCGGCCAGGCAACUGACAUCGCACAGGAGAACCUGGAGGCCAUCAAACAGUCCGGGCUGGGAGCCGAGAUCAACGAGCGAAUCAGGCAGAGUCUGGACAAAGCCAACCUGUAUACCCUCGAGUUCAGUAAGACGAUGAACCCCCUGGCACAGGAAUUGGUGGACAAGUUGAACUCCAACGCUGAGAUGAUGCGCCAGCAGAUUGUACAGAACCUUCAGGAGGUGAACAGCCGCCUCUCCCCAUACGCUGAGCAGCUGCACCAGAAGAUCAGCAGCGGCCUGCAGAACCUGCAGGAGUCCCUGAGGGAGCAGGUCGACCUGGACGCCGAGGCCAUCCGCCGGGAGCUCUCUGCCGGCGUGCAGGAACUCCAGGAGAUGGUGCAGCUCAGCAUGGAGACCUUCCAGGAGAACGUCGCCCCCUACUCCGAGGAGGUCCGCCUCAAGGUCAACCAGGGUUUCGAGCAGUUCCGUCAGGGCCUUGUCCCCUUCGUAGCCGAGCUCCAGGUCAAGAUUGUCCAGAAAGCCCAGGAGCUGAGGAAAAACAUCGUCCCCUAUGCUGAAGACCUGAGUGGGAAACUCUCAGAUUACGAUCAACAAAUGCGAGAAAAGCUCAAUUCUGUGUGGGAAGGCAGCGAUUAAGCUGUUCCCUCAGUGAUUUAAUCAAUUCCCCUUGUUCGCUCCUCAACUGUCUCCACAUCACAUCCUGCUUUCUUCCUGCUUUUAAAUCCCCUCCGUGCAUCUAACUGACCAUUGUAGCGAUCUGGAAUAAAUUCUCGUGUUCUUGC